AUGUCCUCCUCGACGCCCGACCUCGAGCCCCCGAGCUACACAACCUGCGACGGCGUCUCGGACCGCUGCCCCGUCUCGGCCACCGUGUACGGCGAUUACUUCACGACCGGGGCCUGCGCCUUCUUCGUCGCCGCCCACGCCCUGCUGCUCGCGGCGCAGGUCUACCUCGGGUGGCGCUCCAAAGCAUGGUCGUUCGCCGCGUACCUCGCCCUCGGCACGGCCUUUGAGCUCAUGGGCUACGCCGCGCGCAUCGCCAUGUCCUACAACCCGUGGUCCUACGAGGGCUUCGUCAUCCAGCUGCUCAUGCUCAUCCUCGGCCCGACCCUCGUCGCCGCCGCCAUCUCCGUCACCUUCAAGCACCUCGUCCUCUGGCACGGGCCCCAGUGGUCCUUCAUCCGCCCGCGCCUCUACCCCUGGGUCUUUGUCGGCACCGACUUUUUCAGCAUCGUCAUCCAGGCCGCCGGCGGCGGCGUCUCGUCCGUCGCCACCGACGGCGACGACCCCGACCAGGGCCUGCUCGACGUCGGCUCCGGCCUGCUCGUCGCCGGCGUCGUCUUCCAGGUCGCCAACAUGGUCUUCUGCGGCGGCCUCAUGCUGCUGUACAUCUGGCGCCGCCACCGCGCGCUGAAGAAGAGCGAAGGCGCGAGCCGGGCUGCGCCGCCGGCUGUCGUCGAUGGGCCUGGCGGCGGCGGCGAGACGUCGUCUUCCGUUGCUUCGGGCCGCGUCGGGGCGGGCGCUGCUGGCAAGACGUACAGGCCCAAGGAUCCGAAGGUGCAGAAGUUCAUCUGGGCCAUUACGGGUGCCUAUAUUGCCAUUAUUGUGCGGUGCAUUUACCGUGCCGACAAAAGCUUGACCUCGAUCUCGAAACGUGAUGACGUGAAACCAAACGUGGUGAAGUGA